AAGCGGAAGCAGCAGAUCUGUGUGCAGGAGCCGUCCAGACCCGUCACUAUGGAUACGGCACUGGCAGAAGACAAGGAUCGCCCCCCUGUGCCGGUACACAUCACGAUCCUUCGAGCACAUAAUCUGAAAGGGGUUAAAAGUGACUCUCCGGUGACUUUCCUGAGGUCAGAGUUCAACAACGUCCUUCUGGGUGACUCUCCGAAACUGGAAGCGACCCCGGACCAAAAGACUGAGUACAAUUUCACCACAAACUUUGACCUUGGCGGUGAGAGUCCACAUAGUCUGGACAACGUGGCCCACAAACCUUUUAUAGUCACUGUCAUUGAGAUCCUGCCCAAGGAGAAGAAGCAGAAAGAGGAGAAGACAGCUGUUCUGGGACAGGUGGCUGUGGAUCUGCUUCCUCUGCUACAAGGUGAAUGUAAUUUUAACGUGACGGUGCCACUGUAUCCAGCAACUGGCUCUCCUCUGGAAAACGUUCACCCUGAUGCCAAGCCGAGUCUGGAAGUGGCGGUUUCUGUCCCGGAGCCUUUACUCACCGAGGCACAAAUUAAUAAUGGGAAUCUGAUCCGAGUGACCAUGGAAGCUGCCUAUUGUGUCCCCGAGUCCUGGAACCCACAAGGGCCACAGUACAACUAUGUCACCAGCCUUCAGCUACCAUCCAUGGGAGAGAAGGAUCUCACUUUGAUCUUCUCAAAUGGAAUCCUGAAGGCGGGCGGGGAGAGCGAACCUGUGUCCAGGAAGAAGAGAUGGCCAAUGAGCGGUAUCAUGGCGCCAGGAGCUCAGCAUAUCCCAGAAUCAUUCAUUUUAGGGGGAUCCUAUGAAGAGGAAGAUGGAGAAAUGAAUCGCAAAGAGGACAAAGAGUUCCGCGUGGAAGCCGAAACCCAACGUAAGAGAGUGAUGUGG